GUACUACUUGUUCAUGAAUAUGCAUGAUGUGCUAGCUUAGUAAUAAACUUGAUUCAUAGAGAGCGGAGCAAACAAAUUGUUAACAUUACAAUAAAUUUGAAACUCGCGAAAAUACACCUUUAUACGAAGGUGAUUCAUCUUUUGACAUUGAUAGAUUUCAGAUAAACUUUAUUAUGAUGCAGUUGAAGUAGAUUAGUGAAAUAAAAGAAAGGUAUAUUUGAUGAUAACAGAAUGUAUUAUUCUAUUGUUUCCAAGUGAAAUUCUGUUCGUAUCUCUCAAUGCUCUUGAAUAAGAUAUCAUAGUUUCUUGAGAAUGAGUGAAAAAACACCCAAAGCUCUAUCAGGGGCGGGGGCAUCGGCUCCAAAUAAAAUGAGACUUUAUGCUACAUGGGUUGAUAGAACUCCAGCCAAUUGUAUCCCAAGGCUUUGUUCCCUUACUUUGACGAGACUAGUCAUUUUAAAACCAUUAGGAUCAGACUCAGGAACUGUAUCUAUAGCUGUUAAAAUGCAAUCUAGUAAAAGAACAUUAAGGUCGAAUGAGUUAGUUUUGACACAAGGAGGAUUAUUAGACACACCUUUAGAUGUCACUUUUUGUCUACAAUAUCCUCACUUUUUGAAAAGAGAAGGUAAUAAACUACACAUUCUACUUCAAAGGAGGAAACGAUAUAAAAACAGGACAAUGUUAGGAUUUAAAACACUUGCCGAAGGAGUUAUUAGAAUGGACCAGGUUCUUCAAAAGCAAAUGGACGUCGAUAUAGAACUUUUACCAGAGAGUAAUACCAAGGACAAAGGUGCUGGUCCCAUAGCGAAAUUAACAGUUUUACAAUUAAGUUCUACGCCUGUAGAUCAUGAACACAAAAUUAGAGAUCAUGAUUUCAGCGACGACGACGACGAAAUUAGCUCAGGAGAAGAGGAGGCGGCCGAUUUAUCCGAUAGUGAACCUAUUAGAAAAUUGCCGCAUACUAGACAUAACCUCAAACAAAGAUUUGUUUCAUUGUUAAGAAGAUUCAGAGUUCCAGAUACUGAAGGGGGACGAGUUCGAGAUUGCCUGGACAAUCCUAGUGAUAUACAGGCACUAUUUCAAGAACUGGAAUCUCUAAGUUGUGAUGAUGAUUCUGGUGGAGAACAAGAUACAAUGUCCAUCUCAAGUACACCAAAACCAAGCUUACGUCCAUUUUUUAGUAGCAGUCGAAGUCUUCUAGGUAGUAGUAAUGUACCUUUAGUGGAAUCUGAAAAGAUUGAAGAUAAGACUUGUUCAGGUUCUGAUGGAAACGCCGAUAUAUGUUACACGGAUCCCGAAGGUCAAAGCGAUCCCCAGACGGGUUCGCCUCCUCGUGAUCAUACGGCAAGUUACAGAAAACAGACUGGCGAUAAUGAUUUCAGUAAUAUAAUGCAGGAACUUAGCGAACGCAAAUCGAAAUUAUUUAGAUCGUCAACGUCGUCGGCAAAAAAGAAAAAUUCUCUUAGUGUCAGCUCCGAACCGCCAGAAACGCCUACUCCUCGAAAAGCAUUUUUGGAUACAGUAACAAAAUUACUAUCUUGUGAAGAAAAUGUGCUUCCCGAAUGCGUUGUAUUUUUGACUGGUUCUGAUAGUAUAACAAUACCUUUAGUAGUUAGAUUUGGAAAUCAGUUUAAAGUUUUCCAACCUGUCUCUGCUGUAGAAACUAAGGCUGUGCUUACUGCAAUUUUCACUAAAAUUCACAAAUACUGCAACAGUUGCGCCAAACCAGGCAACUUCGUAAAAUUGCUCCUUAUAGGUGGCGAUAUGCUAAUUGGUUGGUUUGUCCGACCUUAUGUUGAAUUGUUAUCCAGCAAACCACCAGAAUGGUUAUAUUUCACCCGCGUGUACAUAGUUCCUGUAGGAAGCUGCAGCAUAUCCCGUCAUUUAGCCACUCUUGAUCCAGGAUAUCAAUCGUUGUUUCCCAGUGAUAAGGAACUCAACUUAGAAGAAUUAACACAGAGACUGCAUAGGUACUUAUCUGUGCCUUCAACAGCUCCGGUUGCUCACAUUCCCAUCGCUGAAGCAAUGCUAACUUGUCACGAUGAAAAUAGUCAAUUGUUUAUUCCUUUCGUUAGUGAGGUAAGGGUAGGUCCUGCCGAUCAACUCCAAUCGGUGUCCGUGGAUUUGGAGGAUUUGAUAUGCAACAGCACUCAAACGCCAUCUCUAACUCCACCUUCGUCACCUAACGUUCAAGUCCGUGAUUCUCCAUGGGAACCUCUCGAAUUGCAAGUAGAUUAUUGGCAAUUGCCGAAGUUCAGCGAAACUAUAAUUAAGACUGAUAAAGAGAAAACCAAAAUUGACGGAAAAAUUUCUUUAAAAGCCAUUUUCAGAGGCUUGCAAGCGUCUCCUACGUCGAUGUCUGGGUUAACACUUAACAUGCAUUUGACAAAUAAAGAAAAAAAGCAAAAAAUUAUGAGAUUGGGAAAAAAGAAAGAAAAGGAGAAGGAACUAGAACCGCGCAGUCAAAAUGUUGAAGGAAUUUCAAGACUGAUUUGUUCGGCACGUACAUCUCAUAAUACUCCAAUGAAAGUUUAUAUAGACGGGGUCGAGUUUGGUGGUGUGAAGUUCUUCCAGCUCAGUUCAACAUGGCAAACACAUGUCAAAGGUUUGACAGUGGCGCUAGCUGGUGUGCCUUUGGCGAGUGCCGAAUUACAUUGACUGUCCUCCCACAUCAUAUCUUUCGAUUGAAAAAAUGAAAUACAUAUAGAGUACGAAGAUGUAAUUUUGGGUAUAUACAAGUUUUUUUGGCCUCUUAAAAAUCUAUGUAUAGACAAAGUUACGAUAUCGUACGGUAUCUACUUUUUUGUAUGUUUUUGCUUUUCUAAAUAAAUGAUAUUUAACAAAUGUAAAGUGAAAACGAUUGCAAAAAAAGUCUUUGUCGCUUCUAGUCACUAUACGGGGUUCACCCAAAGAUUUCUUUAUGGCUUGUGGCCUAGAGAAUGCAAUUCUGGUAGCAAAAUAGAAGGCUAAUCUUGGAAUAUUUCACAAGGUUACGACUUAUGAAACUGAAAAUUACAUUGAUUUGUAAUUUUAUAUAACUACGUUCCACUCGUACCGUGAAAAAGAAAACAAGCUCUAGAUUAUUUAUUGAAAAGUUCGAUUUUCAAGAAAAUAUAGCAUGUCUAGCUUAUCGGUCUUUAUCAACAUAUUUGGAAUAUUCUUAACUGUUUCACAAAUUAAUUUUCAAUCAGAAGAGACAAAAAACAAGAUGAUUUAUAGAAACAUAUAAAAGGGUUUAAAAAAUAAGAAGUUAACAACAACCAAAACUUCAUGUCAAUUUUCGUUUGUCGGUUGACUUCAGUCUCAGAUUCUUGUAGAUAUGUAUAAAAAGGACAUUUUUUUCUCACAGAUAUUAUCUAUUAUGCAAAUGGGAAUGCCCUGAGCAUAACUGAAAUCUGCCACCUCGUAAAUUUUGUGAGAUCAUACAUAAUUUUGGGUACAAUUAAUAUGAUAAAAAUGGUGUAAAAUUUUAGCAUACCGAAAUUGCAUUCUCUAGUAUUGCUGGAUCAGGAAGUAAACAAAAUUACAAAUAAGAUUAAGAUGCUUCGUCGCUGCCCUCAAAUUAUAAAGACAUAAAAUACAGUUAAAAAGAAAACUAUGCGAACAUAAAUAACGAAACAAAAACUCAUAAUCAUAGUCGUAAAUGUAAUAUAUUGUUAAUAAGAUGUAUUAGUAUUACUAAUGUAAUAAUCAACUUUGUUUAUAUGAAUGCGGUCUUUAGAAUGAAUGUUUGUGUUUUUAACUAUACCCCUAUUAUUAGCGUUUUUGUAAAGUAGAUAACCCCUUUCAGAAAUAACUGAUAAGAGUGGUUACCUACUACCAAUAUGUAAUAUCAAACAUUAUGAUACAAAUAUGAGUUUUGUAAUGAGAUACUCUACCGCACUAGUGGAAUGAACUCAUGAAUAAAAAAUUAAACCUCAUUUAUUAUAAUAAUUAAACACAACACCUAUACAAUUAGUGAGGUUUAAUCCAGCUGACGUGGAGGCAAUAGAAGAAUGGUAGAUUUCAAUUUCAAUUGAAUUUUUUGUAGAAACUUUUUCUCCCAUUCUCCCUUAUCUCUUCAAAAUGUGCAAAUCAACACCAGCAUCAGCAAGUAGGGAUGCUGAUGAUCUUCUAAAACAGUGACCUGUUAUUGUGAUGGAUUUGGUAGCUUCAGAAACGUUGCUAUUCUUUUGGAAUGCGCCCAAAAGUAUUGAUACCAAUUGGUAGAGAAAAACAUUUUCCAUUUUUAUAUAAAAUAAAAAACCGGUCAUGGACUAUAUUUUGAGGUCGAAGUCGAACAUAUUUUCGGACGUUAUUCAAGCAGUCAAAACCACCAAACUUAACCAUGUUUCUUCUAGUAAUAGCAAAUUCUUUGAAUUUUAGUUUUAGUAUUCGGUAUUUUGAUCGUUAUGAACGUUACUUCGUCAACUACAUCACCAAUUUUUAACCUCAUCAAUUCUUCUCUUUGGCAGGCGCCAAACACACCCACGAUUAAGGAAACCUAUAAAAAUAAUAUGCUAUAUGGAAAUAUCACCAUAUUUAUGUAUAAUCAUACCUUCAUCAUUAAGAAUUGAUCAUUGGCUUCUUUCAAAAAUUCAAAAUAUACUGGAUUUUUUCGGCUUGUGACCUUCACUUUUCCGCUUCAAAAAAGUCAAUAGCUGUGAAUAUUUACUUAUGUCCACAUUUUUCUUCACAGCUUACUAUAAUGUGUCCAUAAUGAUGAUGCCUUUUCUUUUUCAGCUUUCCCAACAAAAUAAGCUAAUAAAAUUUUCUCCGAUAUAUCACGGAUUUUUUUCUGAACUGCACCAGUCUUCGAAUCGCUUAUAUUCUUUUUCGUAUCUAUUGCGAGAUUUAGCGGGUACUAGGGUUUGUAUUGCGUUAUUUGCAGCAAGUUCUAUAUCAGAAUCCACACUUUCAUAGUCGGAACUCAUGUCGAUAUUAUUAUACCAAACUGAAGUGAACGCGUCAAAAUUGACAGUUCUUAAAAUAAAUCAACAAUGAGCCCAACGCUUGCUUGUUAUCAUUAAUUUCAGGAAUAUUGACUAAUUUUGAGUAAAUAAUUAACAUUAUUGGUAGUAGGUAAAAUAAUGUACUAUAUUCGUAUCAUAAAUUCAAAUUACGAUAUUCAAUGAGUUAUCGUUUGACAAAUUUCCCAUCUCAUUUCGUAUUAUGAAUCUUUACGACACUUAUAUCGUAAAUAUCUAUUAUUAUUGGUCUUCUAGCCCUUGCCUUAUUCAUGAUAAGGCAAGAACGGUAUUUUUUUGUAUAGAACAAUAUUCUCAGUGAGUGUUGCUUUUUAGUCAAGAUAAUUGCUUAUGAAUUACUAUCAGAAAAAGUGCUUGUUUUGUAUCAGUUUUAAUUCAUGUUUUUCUAAAUUUUGAGAAAUAUUUUAAAAUAUCACUUCACCUCACAGUUAUUUAACAACGUCAAUUUAUUUUUUAAUUUUAAUUCAUUGUGGUAAGGUAGUAAAUGCAGUAUGCAAUUACAAUGCUUUCAAAAAUUUUCUCUUAUUUGUAUGUUUGUAUUUCAAUGCAAUUUUUCAGAUUUUAUAUUGGCAAAUAAACAAAAGCUUAAGUUAUUAAACGCUCUACUAUAAAACUUUUCAUAGCAGCCUGUGCACUAUAAUUAUCAGUUGACGUUUUUGUUUCCUUCAUACUGUUUAAUAAACCUAAUAAAACUCCAUUGGUAUAAAUCAGAUUGCGGCUCUUGUUAGUUCUAUUGGCUUUUAAUAUUGACUUUCUUUUUAGACUUGCAUUCUUAAUUUCUUCUUUGCUACUAAGUUGUGAUAAUAUUAUAUUUUGGGUGUUUCUUUCUGAAUUAAUAAUCAUUAUCUUUAUAUUCUCUAUAUUUAUUUCAAUAUUUAAUUUUUUGAGCUUUGAAUAUGCUUCAAGAUUUCGUUGCUAUUUUAAGAUAAAUCCAUUAUUUUUAUUGUAUCAAUUUUUUUAAAGCCCACAUCCAAUAACGGGUUCGGUAUACACACAUGACACAUUUUUCUUGUUAUGUGUUUUAUGUACUCAAAUGUGUAAGUUCUUUUCUUUUAUAAUGUUCUGAAAUGGUUUUUGAUAAUAAUUAUUUUGUCUUUUAUUAGCUGUCUUCUUACUAGCAACUGUAUAAAAAUCGCUAUUUUACUAAUUAUUUUCUGUAUUACCAAGCUAUCAUAUUAGGUUUCUGAAUAACACUCAAAAUAUCAAUUGAAUUAUCAAUUUCAAAGCUCAAGUAUUAACACACCAAGUCUUUAAGUAGAAUUAGACCUUUUUACUUCUUUAUCAUUUUUUGCAGGAAUGACAUUUAUUCAUAUAGUUGUUGGGUGAUACAAUACUACAUAAUUCCUCUGAUACAGCAAAUUUCUGUUGAGAUUUCUGUCUUUUUAGGCCAAUCACACGUUUCCAUAAUUUUUAUUUCUCUCUAGGGUAGUUUUGCAAGCUUGUUGUUCUAUAUAUACUAUUUACUCUACUGUAUAAUAGUUUUAUCGAAAAGGACAACUAAUCUAACUAAUUCAACAUUAUCAAAUUUUUGACGAAAUUGUUUAUGUAAGAUUGAAAAAAAAAUAUUCUAUUAAAUCCUAUUGGAUUUAGAUGUUCCAAGUUUGAUUCCCGCCUAAGGUAGGAAUAUUCUUUAAUUACAUAGAAAAUCUUUUUUGUUUGUAUGAAUCUCGAACAUUUACUGUUAGAUGCUAAUUAUGAGUUUUGUUUCUCAAUAGCCCUGAGAAGCACCUCUACAAAGAAUGCAAGGGCCUAAAUAACCAUAUAAGUUAAUACCUUUCGUAUUAGCAAAUUACGCUUUCAAGGAAAAUAACAAGUUUUUAUUUAUAUACUUUUAUUAAAUUCAAAAUUUAAACUUCCUAUUGAUAGAAAAUCUAAAAUUAUCUUAGUCGUGCUUUGAAAGUAUUUGUAUACUUCCUUGAACCAAAACAAAGCCCAAUGAACUUAAAAAUUGACAAUAUUAACCUUUCAAGGCUCAAAAAACUAACAUAUGAAAGACUCUUAUUCAAGGAAUACUCUGUAUAUGUGAUAUAGUUUAUAGUUUAUUGUUUAAUAAUGAGUAUGCUUCAUAAUUAUAUACAAAAAAAUUGUAACAUGUAUAAAAGAUCGUUUGCUGAAGUGGAAAGGCCAUUUUGUUUACAAAUAAUUAUAGUAUAACAAUUGGUGUUGCUUUAUUUAUUUUCAACGCACUUUCCAUCUCAGCCAGGUAGUAUUUUUUUUUAAUUAGAGAAUUUGUUUAUUCCAAGUAAAAAUUGAUAGUAUAUUUAUAUAACGAUGACUAAAAAUGUACAUUAAAAUCUGUAAAUUAGCUUUUCUAAAGGGAUUAUAUACAAUAAUUCCUUUCAAUUUCCAAUUUGAGAACAAGCUAUAAACAUUUAUAGCUAAUAAUUUUUCUAAUGGUGUCUGUGAACACAUCAAAGAUCGUUUGUGUGACUCAAACCAAAUAUUUACAUUACUUAAAUUUUCCAGAAUAAUACAGAGACAUUGAUUCUUAUGCCAAAACGUCCUAAUAUCGCAAAUAUUUAUUUCAUAACUACCCUUCAUAUGUAUUCACCCAGUAUAUACAGUAUUAGCAUAUUUUCUAGUUUAUGUCAGAUUAAAAAGUUGAUGUUUAAUUUUAGAGUAAAACAUGCAAUGGUACUUCUGUAAUUAUUUUACACAGAGGUUAGUAGCUAUCCGUGUUUGGUAGAUGAAAGUAUUAUGUCAAUCGAGGUAAUUGUUCUAGUAGGACAUCUACAGUUGCUAGAGAUCGCCAUUAAUUUGUUAAAAUGUUUCAAAAUACAGGGAUAUAAAACUUACAGAAGCAAAGUUAGGUCUGUAAUUUUGAAAAUUAUAUAAUAUAUGCAAUUCUAUGCAAUAUUAGAUAUUGUAAAAUAUAUGCAAUUCUAUAAAAUAUAGUGACAGAAGUAUUUAUUGAAUAUUUAGCUGAUAUUUUGUACAGUUCAUCUCGAUAGGACCGAGACACUUUCCAUCAGCUAAGAGUUCACAGAAACUCACAAACUAUGGAACUACUAUGUUUGGAAGACUAACUUAAGAAUUAUAGGCACAGUGUUUCCUUUCCCAACCUGUGGUACGCGGACGACACACACACACAUAUAUAUAUAUAUAUAUAUAUAUAUAUAUAUAUAUAUAUAUAUAUAUAUAUAUAUAUAUAUAUAUAUAUAUAUAUAUCAUACUAUAACAAACAAGUGUUUUUUCAAUAAAAGCAAUAAUCAUAUCUCAAUUUUUAAUAUUUGUUAUUUAUUUUUACAUGGAGUGCGUUGGUGGCACUUAGAAUUGCCUAAUCUAACUUCAUUGAUAACACAUUAUAAUAAGGAGACUUUUUACUUUCACUCUGUAAAAUUUAUGUUAAAAACUUUUCCCUCCAUCGUUUUUAAUCUGCUUGUCGACUCAACGUAGGUUCAUCGAUAUUGAAAAAGAAGAAAACUUUAUAAUGUUUAAUACGUGAUUUUUAAUUUUAUACGGCAGUCAUUACCCAGAUACGUUACGCUGGGCUGGCAAUAGAUACAAACUGCGUUUAAAACAACCAGUCUUAACUCCCGCAUGUUCAAGUCCUGACAUGGUUACUCAAUUACCAAGUCUGCUAAAUUGGUUUAGACUAGGCCGGUUCAGAAUCAAUCGGGUUUGGCCGGUAACAUAUAUAAGCUAAAGAUCUGUUAAGAUUAAGAAUGAUUAAAAGUUUGAAUGGAACUGCAUUAAAACUUUCAUAAACAAAAUUUUAUAUAAUUCCAGCUGAUCUAAUGAUUAGAAAUAAUAGAAAGAUAUAGAAAAAUAUAUGUAGCAACUUUUGUUGAUUUAAGGCUUAGUUGAGCCGUUGAUUUUACAAUUAAAUAAAAGAAUUAUGCACCUGCAUUAUAAAGAUAAGCGCUAAUUGAUGAUAGUUUCAUUUUAGUUUUUUAUUUAAAAAAUUAUUAAAUAAUAUAAAUAAUUUCUUCUCUCAAAUUAUUGUUCUUUUGUGUUUUCUGCUAAUUUUAUGUAUUUUUAAUUAAAUUUGAAAAAAAUUCUGUCUGUUCCUGUAUUUCUGAGAAAUUGGUCUCUGUGUUCAUUAAUAAUUCUUUUAUCAAUUCUUCUAGAGCGUUGGAAAAAUAUUGUUAAUUUUUAACUUGGAACAUCUUUUUUAGGCUGUGGCCAUAUAACCACAAAAAUUUUAGUACUGCAUGUCAAAUGCCUACUGCUCGAUAUCAGUUUUAUUAGUGGAUAAGAUUUAGUAUAUAUAUUUUUUAUUUAUGAAGAGUUUAAUAAAAUUAUGUGAUAUAUUUAAAUGUUCUAUUAAAUUACAGUUUAUGAUUAUUUAAAAAAAAAACAAAAAAAUGUUUUUAUUAUUUCUAAUAGUAUAUUAAGUCUUUUCAGUUGAUAUUUUUGAGGUUUAUUCAACUUUGAGGAAAAAGUCAAUGUAAAAUCCUUAUUUGAAUAAUGAACUAAUUUCUACAAGUAAUAUUUUUAUUUUCUAUAAAUUUAUUAAAAUGUUCAGUUCAACCUCAUUUAUUUCAUCUGUAUAAGAAUUUAAAUUUGUUAUCAAAGAGAAUUUAAAUUAAAAUUCAUCAAGAUUCACUUUAAUUGAUCUAUUGAGAACGGUUAUCAAUACAAAUUCAGGAAAUUCGGAACCAUCGCUAACAGUGAAUAUGAAACUCUUUACUUGUUUUCGAUUUUUAAAUAAGUUAAAAUAACAAUAAAAUGUUGAUUAUAAAAGAA